CCCACCAUGGCCCCAGCUCUCGUAGAAACGCCACAGCCAGUACCCUCUGUCGCCUACACAAAGUCUGGAACUGGCGAAUACAAGGAGGCGUUCAUCGGAGGUCCGAAAGCAUUCAACGCCGACGCGGAGUUGAAGGGUGAGGGUACCAAGCAGCCGCCCGCCAAAUAUCCUAACUAUCUGCCCGUCUGGGACAACGAGAAGGAAAAGUAUCCUCCUCUUCAGCCCUUCGAGCAUUAUGAGCACGGGAAGGAUGCCGAUCCCACCUUUCCAAACCUGCUCAAUGGUGCCGAAGUGUCCGACCUGACUGCGAAUAUUGGCGCCGAAGUCCGAGGUGUACAGCUGAGCAAGCUGACGGAUAAGGGCAAAGACGAGCUUGCCUUGUUCGUAGCGCAGAAAAAGGUCGUCGCUUUCCGUGAUCAGGACUUGGCCGACCUGCCAAUCCAGGAGGCCCUCGACUUUGGUGGAUACUUCGGCCGGCAUCAUAUUCACCCAACAUCUGGUGCACCAAAGGGAUACCCCGAGAUCCAUCUGGUGCACAGGGGUGCUGACGACACAACUGCUCGCGACUUCUUCGAAGAGCGUACCAACUCGGUGACAUGGCACUCGGACGUCACAUAUGAGAAGCAGCCGCCGGGGACUACCUUCCUCUAUCUUUUGGAUGGCCCUGCCGCUGGAGGUGACACUUUGUUUGUCAACCAGGCCGAGGCGUAUAGGAGGCUCUCUCCUGAGUUCCGGAAGCGACUCCACGGACUCAAGGUGGUCCAUUCCGCCGUUGAGCAGGCGGACAAUAGCAAGACCCGCGGGGGCGUGGUGCGCCGCGACCCAGUGACAUCCGUCCAUCCACUGGUCAGGACACACCCAGCAACAGGCGAAAAGGCGCUUUUCGUCAAUCCUCAAUUCUCUCGUCGCAUUCUCGGCUUCAAGAAGGAGGAGAGCGACUUUCUGCUCAACUUCCUCUAUGACCACAUUGCCAAAGGCCAAGACUUCCAGGCUCGUGUCAAGUGGGCGCCGGGAACGGUCGUCGUAUGGGAUAACCGCGUCACGGCCCAUUCCGCGCUGCUCGACUGGGAUGAUGGUGCGAGGAGACAUUUGGCGAGGAUCACGCCUCAAGCUGAGGCCCCUUUUGAGACCCCCUUCGAGGGCUAA